CAGCGUCUGCACUUGUGCAGUUGUGCCUCACUCAACGGAGCAAACAAAGCAUCGGUGAAGUAGUGCCCAGGUGAUCAAACCAAAUCUUCGAUCAUACCGCGUCCUUCAAUCUGCAAAGCUCAGCUCCGAUCUUCCGCACCAGCAAUGGCGGCGGUUCGGGGAUCGGUGAAGGGGAGCCCGAGUCCGUCGCGAGAGGUCCUCGCCUUGUUGCCCGGCGACGACGGGAGGGUCCCGAGAGGCUACGUGCCCAUGGUGCUCGUCGGCGGCGGCGAGGAGCGGCGGAUCAUGGUGCGCGUCGAGAUGCUCGGGGAGCCAUGCAUGGCGGCGGUUCUGGAGAUGGCCGCGCAGCAGUUCGGGUACGGCCAGCGAGGCGUGCUCAGGAUCCCCUGCGGCGCCGACCGGUUCCAGCAGAUGCUCGGCGUGGCAUGCGAAGCUAGAUAGAUGAUGAGUUGCAUGUACAGACGCAAGCAUUUGUGCUGCAGAAUUGGUUCAUUCUUUGAUUUGAAUUUCUCAGUGUACAGAUGCAGUAGAUCAUAUUUCAUGGAUUCGUUUUUAUCUCUGAAGGUUGCGUGUAAAUGUUGGUAGUACUCACUGAUUCCAGAAGAGAUUUGCGAAGCCAAAUCGUGAGGCGGGAUUAUCCCUAUUCCAUAGAUAGAUACAUCAGAAAUGAACUCGAAAAAUACAGCAAAAAA